UUGGGGGCCAUCAUUCAGCCUUCCACGAACAUCAAAGUCGCAUGGGUGUAGGUGUGGCUGUGGUUCAAGGGUGCAGGCUGAGUGUGCGGACAGAUGCUCGGUUCUCAUGCUCAGCACUUGCCCUGACCCUCAAGAAGGAGACACAGCCUCACGCCUGCUCUCGCCGUGUUCCCCGGAGCUCCUGCCGCCGAGAUGCCACCCCCUAGCCUCGCGAUGGUGAGUGGCCAGGCGCUCCCGGCCUUCCUGCUCUGCAGCACGCUGCUGGUCAUCAAGAUGUACGCGGUGGCCGUCAUCACGGGCCAAGUGAGGCUGAGGAAGAAGGCUUUCGCCAACCCCGAGGACGCCCUGAGACACGGAGGCCUCCAGUUUCACCGGGACGACCAGGACGUGGAGCGUUGCCUGAGAGCCCACCGGAACGACAUGGAGACCAUCUACCCCUUCCUGUUCCUGGGCUUCGUCUACUCCUUCCUGGGGCCCGACCCUUUCGUGGCCCAGAUGCACUUUCUCGUCUUCUUCCUGGGCCGCAUGGUGCACACCGUGGCCUACCUGGGGAAGCUGCGGGCGCCCACCCGCUCUCUGGCCUACACCGUGGCCCAGCUCCCCUGCGCCUCGAUGGCCCUGCAGAUCAUCUGGGAAGCAGCCCGCCACCUGUGACCGCCAGCUGAGACCUCCUUGCCGCCAGACCGCUGACCGUGAGCCGCGUAGGGGAUUGGGCAUCCCUUCCAGAUUGUGACAGGCCCGGGGCCUGGUUUCCUGGCAAACUGCUGAGCGCGGGAUCCUGGACCCAGUGCACCUGUGUGUGUUUGCAUAUGUGUGCACACAUACAUGUGCGUGUGUGCACCCCUUGGAUUCCUGGGUGAAGUGGCCGAUGGAGCCGUUUAGAGACGAGCUGUCAAGAUUGAUAGAAAACCCUUCCACUCAAAUAAUAGAGCAUUUAAAACAUGA